AUGUCCGUAGCUCAGCGUGUUGCUGACGAAAUGGAUGUUAAGCUUGGUGAAGAAGUUGGUUAUAACAUUCGUUUUGAAGACUGCUCAGGACCCAAGACAUUACUGAAGUAUUUGACUGAUGAUUUGAAGGUCGUUGUAAUGAGCGCUACUCUCGAUGCCGAGAAGUUCCAAAAAUAUUUCAAUGAAGCACCGGUGUUGACUGUGCCCGGUCGAACUUUUCCCGUAGAAAUUUACUACACGCCUGAACCGGAGCGAGAUUACCUAGAAGCAGCCAUUCGUACAGUUAUGCAAAUUCAUGAAUGUGAGCCGUCUGGCGACAUUUUGCUAUUUCUUACUGGUGAAGAGGAAAUUGAAAACGCGUGUUCAAAAAUUCGUUCUGAAGCCGAUGAGAUGAUAAAACAACAGCCUAAUAUGGGUCCUCUGAAGGUUCUCCCCCUUUAUUCAUCUCUUCCACCUCAACAGCAGCAACGCAUUUUCGAAGAUGCACCGCCUCCACGUGUCAAAGAUGGAAAGCCCGGUCGAAAAGUUAUCGUAUCCACUAACAUCGCCGAAACGUCGUUAACAAUUGAUGGCAUAGUUUAUGUUGUCGAUCCUGGGUUUAGUAAGCAGAAAGUGUAUAAUCCUCGUAUCCGCGUGGAGUCCCUGCUUAAAGCAUUUUUGAAAGAAUUACAAGAACAGACAUAUCCUGAAAUAUUGAGGAGCAAUCUUGGAAGUGUGGUCCUUCAAUUGAAGAAACUGGGUAUAGACGACCUUGUGCAUUUCGAUUUCAUGGAUCCACCCGCACCUGAAACCUUGAUGCGUGCUUUGGAACUCCUGAAUUAUCUUAGAGCGCUUGACGAUGAUGGUAAUCUCACUGCUGAAGGUCAUUUGAUGGCUGAAUUCCCAUUAGACCCGCAAUUGGCCAAAAUGUUGAUAGAAAGUCCAAAGUAUAAAUGUUCGAACGAAAUCUUGUCGAUUACAGCAUUACUAUCAGAUAUCAAUGAACAAGAUUGGUGUUACAAUAACUUCCUCAACGGUCGAACUCUUAAAGCUGCUGAUAAUGUCCGUCAGCAACUCAAACGAAUAAUGGAACGCUGCGAUCAGGAGUUGGUCAGUACACCGUUUGCAGACAAAAAUUACUAUACAAAUAUACGAAAAGCGUUGACAGCAGGGUUCUUUAUGCAAGUAGCGCACUUAGAGAAAACCGGUCACUACCUGACAUGCAAAGAUAAUCAGACUGUUCAACUUCAUCCUUCAUCAUCACUUGGACAUCAACCCGAAUGGGUUUUAUAUAAUGAGUUCGUUCUUACGACUAAAAAAUAUAUUCGUACUGUGACCGAAUAA